CAACAAGUUUUCGAACAGGUGCGCAACAGAUCAGAGCGGGGCGCAAGCCGUUCUCGGAAUUUUUAUCAAGCUCUUCCUCGAGUGAGACGCGGACGACGUCGACCUUCUUCAGCGGCAGCAGCGAGAGCACAUCAAACACGGCAUCCAGCUUCAUGACGUCAAUUGUGAGCGGCGAUCAUGGUAGGCUGAGUGAUACAGCGCGUAAUACUGCGCUCAAUGCAGCCAGCGGAUCAUCUUCAUUGCCCGGAAGCUAUCCCACAACUCAAAGCGAGUCGCCAGGCUUCUUUGAAAGUUCUUCUGGGGGCGGAUCCAGUGUCUUCGGAGAGCCCGGCUUCGACAAGCCAUCAUCUGGUGUCGUGGACGAAGUUGAAGCAAAGAGAGACGGAAAGGACUUUCCAGGCAUACCCAACGAUGAGCUCAUGAGCCCAAAGACAGAAAGGAAGGAGGUGGCAUUCGAAACAACCAAUAGCCAAUAGCCAAUGACACAUAAAAUCAGGAAUACAGCACCCACGAGCAGACGAUGGAUGAUGGAACGAAUGCAUUGCACAUAUUAUUAAUCAGCACAUAGGAAGGAGGACCUUUUUGCCUUUGGAAGGCAUUUGGAAUGUCAGGAGUGCGUUCUCCAAGC